GUCUAUUCGCAACAGUGUCACUAUGUCCUCUCGGAUGCGGAGAGAGUACAAGCCCACAUGAGGGCCUUCUACAGCGCCCUGACUGGGAGCGACAACGCCCUCGACCCUCGCGCGGGGAAAUCAAAGUAUGUUUUGCUAAGGCAUGAUGAACUUGGGCGGCCAAAACUAACAGAUGAAGGCGGAGGGAGCUGAUGCUAGAGGACGAUCCGGAGUUUGAUCUAAAUCCUGACCUUCCUGCCUUCCAUUUCGACGACGACGGCAAUUUAGUCGUGCCGCAGGGUAGUCAAGCUUCUCGCAAAACCUCAUCUCAACUCUCGCCUCUGCAGCCAGACGGCUCUUUUUCCAGUUCUAACCGCUCAAUCCUCGGCGGUUUCGACCUCUCUCAGUCACCAUUCGGCGCUGGUAUUAUCCCAGAACCGUUCGGGGCAGGAACAAUGACCCCGAUCAAGGAAGACGGCGGUUUGAUGCCAUUUGGUGAAGAGGAGCGGGAACUGCAAGCACUCGACGACUGGGGAUUCGAGAUCGACGCUGACGGAAACAUCAUACCGGCCUUGGACGAACCGCAAUUGCCGCCGCUUCCACAACCAGAGGAGCAGGAAGGUGCUGAUCCUAUUCAACAAGCCGGGAUUAUUCAGUUUGACGAUCAAGGCGACAUGAUCAUGAGCGGCGGCGACAAUGUUUUCCCUUCAGACCCACCUCUUCCAGUGCAGCAGGAGUUGGAGGAUAACCAAGCGCAAAACCAAGAACAGUCGGGCGGACCAGGAGAGCAGGAAGUUGCGGUUGAAGAGGAAGCCAGCGUCGGACAGGCUCCGGUGCGAAUCCAGCGUAAACGGCGCCGUCCGAUUCUGGCUCCCGAUGACCAAACCAAAAUCACACGGCAGGAACUUAAGGCAUGGUCUACUAAUUACCUCGCCAACGCCGAGCAGACAAGCCAGCCGCGCCAUGGCGUCACAGCCGCCGAAGCCCGCAAAAACGCGUUCAACCUGGUCUUCGGCCGCGGCAUCGCAGGCAUCGGUUUCCCGACUGGCAUCCCGGGCCUCCCACACCCCCUGGCACCACACUUUUCCGGCGAGGGCCUGCAAGCUCGCCUUCUCGGAAUUAUCAUCCCAAACUCCAACGACGAUGAUAUUGAAGCCCCCCGCGGCCGUCGUCGUUCAGCCCUCGAAGCCCUCGGCCUCGACCAAGACGACGCCGAGCGCCGCGUCCGCCGCCGGCUUAGCGAGGAUGAAGACUCGCAACACGCUCAGCCCCAGCCCGAAGACGACACCUUCCUCCCCCCGCAAGGCGAGGAAGAAUUUCCGCCUGUGGAAAUAGGCAGACGCGCGGGGUCUGUUCUGCCCGAUAUGCCCUCCGACGUGCCCUGGAACCGCCCCUCCUCCCAGCUUCCGAGCUCCUCCAUCAAGGGAGCAGGAAGCAGACCACCCAGCCGCCAGGUUAGCGCCAGCCCACUCCACGGGCGCGGUAGCCACCUCAUCCCCGGCCCAGAAAUCGAGCGUUUCAGCGACGGGCCCCAACCCUUCAUGGGCUCCGAUGGUUUCGAGCCUGGCUUUGCCGCGUUACAUUCCGGCCCGGCCGACAGCAUCGGCAGCGGCCCCGACCCCUUCAUCCAUGGCAGCGGCGGCAAUACCCAGGACACUUCCCAGAUGAUACGCACCGCGCUGGACCGCGAGGGGCGCAAUUUCCUCGACUAUGUCGAAUCCGUCGCCCGCGACAAGGGCGUGCCUGAUGAGGAGGCAGGGGGCAGCAGCGGCGGCCAUGCCGGCAACAAUCGGAGGCAGUGGGUGAAAUUCGGAAGCCUCUUCGAGGCGGAGGACCAGAAGCGCGCCGUCGUGGUCCAGGCGUUCUAUCACGUCCUGUCGCUAGCCACCAGGAAUGUCAUCAAGGUUAAGCAGGACGGGCAGGGCGGUACACAGCCGUUUGGCACAAUCCGGCUGGGAGUGGAAGUGUCGGUUGUGGACGAUGAUGGCCUGGGGAUGAUUGGUGGCGUCUCCGACUCCGACGAUGAUAUGGUUUGAGACACGAGGCGAGUGAGCGCUUGCUGACUUGGCUGGCAACCGGCCGGCCCCGUUACGGUAUUGCGUUGCAGAGCGGAGGGAUGGGGUAUGAUGGAGGGUACAUUCGGCCCUGGUUUCGGCAACGCGUUGAAUGGGGUUUAUCACAACCUCAGAAGACAUGCUUCUAUUUUUUUGAGAUGGGUUUGCUGCGGGAGGCGGCAUAAUUUUGGGGAUCUUAGCACGGCAGAUACCACGGGUUUCAUUUGCGCGGAAUGGGGAGAUAUCAUUGCAUCAUGCCCAUUACUCGUAAACAUCAUCAUCGUCCAUGGCACCCUCCCGGUCUUCAAACACCAUGUACUCGGCCUCGACAGCA